AUCUUGAUGUUCGGUCAAGGGGGAGGCUGAGUUCAACAGCUGCAUAAUGCAUUCCAUUCCACUGCAUUCGUUGAUGUACCUAGCUAGUUGAUUGUUUACCAAUCUUGACUUUUUCAUGUUGAACCUUUUCAUAUCCAACUAAGUCCUUGGGGCAUGGACUGGCUAUUUAUGCCACUGUACAAUGUUUAGCAGACCAAGAGGCACCAGUGCUUUUGGUAUAUUCAAAUAAAAAAUUCAAGGCGAAUCAUCACUGACAUCAGGUUUGCUUCUGGAUGUUCCCCCCCGGGAUCGAGUUGUCUGACUACAAAAGGAUCCCAAGUCUAGGUAGUGAGAGCCCUUCGGGCCUUCUUACUGGUGAGAGCUUAAAUGUGGAGCCAAUUGUUGAUUUGGAUCUCUUCUUCGAAAGGCUUUACAGUUACUACUGUGAGAAAGGGCUUUGGUGCAUCAUUGUAAAGUGGAUUGUUGAACUUUUGAGUCUAGGCUUUACCAUAUGUUUUUCUGGAUUUUUUUUACUAUAUGUUGAUUGGAAUGGGCUUCGUAAUGCGAAGUGUGGGAUGGAUGCAGUUGAAUCUGGAAUCAAACCCUGUGAUCUAGCAAAAGAAGCUCUUUGGCAACACCCCUUAACCCCACUGACACUUACUAAGGCUAUUAUUGUUGGAUACUUGGGAAUAUUUUCCAUCUAUUGGAUAUUUUGUUUCUUGAGGUUCUUUACUCAACUAAAAGACACUCUGGAAAUCCGUCAGUUUUACUACAAUAGUCUUUGUGUAACCGACAAUGAAAUUCAAACCAUGCCUUGGGCAACAAUCCUUGAAAAGGUUGUUUCAAUACAAAGCUCGCAACAGCUCUGUUUGGUUAAGGAUCUUUCUGCUCAUGACAUGGUGAUGAGAUUGAUGCGGAAGGAAAACUACUUGAUUGGAAUGCUCAACAAGGGGGUGCUUGCAUUUCCCAUUUCUCAUUGGGUUCCUGGUGCUGGCCCUACAGUAAAAUCUUGCCCGAACGGAAAACAAUGUCGUCUAAUACUUACCAAGACACUUGAGUGGACUUUGAAUUGGUGCAUCUUAUAUAGCAUGUUUGAUCGAAACUUUUGUGUUAAGAGGGACUUUAUGUCUAAUCCAAAGACACUAAAGAAAAGGCUUAUGAUUGUUGGGCUUGCCAUGCUUUUGCUUUCUCCAUUUCUUGUCAUAUUCAUGCUCGUGUAUCUCUUUCUGAGGCAUGCUGAACAAAUUUAUAAUCAUCCAAGUACAGCUUCAUCUCGAAGAUGGUCAAAUUUGUCUAGGUGGAUGUUUAGGGACUUCAAUGAGGUGGACCAUCUCUUCAAGCAUCGGAUUAAUAACAGUGUAAUACAUGCUUCGGAGUACCUGAAGCAGUUUCCUUCACCUAUUAUAUCUAUAAUUGCAAAGUUCAUCUCUUUUGUAUCGGGUGGUUUUGCUGCAAUUCUGAUCAUCAUUGCUUUUCUUGAGGAAUCAUUGCUAGAGGGCCAUAUAUUUGGUCGAAACUUAUUUUGGUAUGGUGCUGUUUUUGGAACAAUAACUGCAAUUAGCAAGGCUAUAAUUGCAAAUGAUCUUCUGGUCUUAGAUCCUGAGGGAGCGAUGUCGUUGGUGGUUCAACAUACUCAUUAUAUGCCAAAGAAAUGGCGAGGCAAAGAAAAUACUGAAAUGUAUACAGGGAUGAUGUUGCUUGAGGAGAUGACCUCAAUUUUUCUCACUCCUUAUUUACUUAUGUUUAUCGUCCCAAAGCGGGUCAAUGAUAUUUUGCAGUUCAUUGCGGAUUUCACAGUGAAUGUUGACGGUGUUGGCCAUGUUUGCAGUUUCAGUGUCUUUGACUUUCGAGAGCAUGGAAAUAGCAAUUAUGGUUCCCCACACAAUGCAACUCGCAGUCAGAGGAGUUCUCAGGGGAAGAUGGAGAAAUCAUUUUUGAGCUUUCAGAGUAGUUAUCCAUCAUGGCCACCAAAUUCUCAGGGGAAGCAAUUUUUGCUAAAUCUUAGAACCUUCAGAGAGCAAAAUUUGCAAGGACAUGGAAACAGACAUGCAUUCCCUCCUACUAGGUUGUGCAAGGGUAUUUCCAAUACUAGGAGCUGUGGAAGCAGAAACAGGUUUGCGUCCUGGGAAAUGCCAUGUGUAUUUGGCAAUCACUUGUGUUCGUUGUGGCUGAUUGAUGCCAACCAAAAUAAUCAUCCUUAUCUUCUAGAUUGGUAUUAUACAUCUCGAUCUCAUGAUGCAACUACGAGAGAUGUUGCAACAGAACCGUUUGGAAAAACCGAGUUUCAUUUGGGAGAGUAUCCACUGUCCUCCAACUCGACUAGGAAUGUACCUUACUAUGAAGAAUAUCGUGAAGAUCGAUUGGCAUCUCAUCUUGGGGCUUCUACUUUGGCUCCCAUCUUUAAGGAAAACCUAAUUCAAGAUCAUAAUUUUACAGAUCAGUCCCACUCUAUCAGAAAUCACUGGUGGGCGAGAAGUGGCCCACAGGUUGGACAAGCUCAGACGAGCUUUUUUGAGCCUCCAGAAUUUAAUUACCGAACAUCAUGGAAUUAUCAUGAUAAAUUUUCUGAGAGAAGCUUAGAGGAUCCAGAACAAGACUUGGACUGGAGAGACUAUCAAAGAUUAGCUAAAACAACUUGCCCCGCUGACUUAGAGACAGGGGACUUUAAAUUUCAUUUUGAUGAUAUCUAUGGCAAACCUCCACAACGGACACCGUUAGUCCAAACACUGCAAGCUUUUGAUUGA